CUCAUGCAUGCUCGUUUGGGUCUUACGCCAUAUCAGUUUUGUCAAUGGCGGAGAUGAGUAGGUGAUAUUAAAUCGAAGAAUCCUUCAGAAUCUGGUCUCAGAUUUAUACAUCGUGACCAAAUGGAUCGUGAGUACAGUGUGUUGGUGAGCAAUAAAUUUGCUGGUCUUCUCGAUGACGAAGAAGAUCCUGCUGAAAUAAUAAAUGAUCCAAAAGAGAAGUCGAAGGACGAAGAUAGCAAUCGCAAAGAGAACAAGAAGAAGCAGGUCUUGGAAAAGAAAGCAACUAAGUCUAACGCGAAAGAUGCAUUCUCAAAGAAAGAGAAUAUAAAUGAUGAAAAUCAGAAGGACAACCGCAAAGAGAAGCAUGAAGAAAGACGUGGGCCUAGACGAGAUGACACAAGGCGUGAAAAUGAGAAAAAUGCACGGAUGUCCAAUGGGCCAGUUAGUCCAAGUGAAAGGAAGAACUUUGAUAAACCUCGUGGAGGUGGCUUUGGUAAAAGAAGAGAUAAUGAAUCAAAUGAUGUGGACAACAACAAUCGUGAAGAAAGGAAGUCUGAUUCAGGGGAAAGAAGAUCUGGUGGUUUUGGCAAUCGAGAAAACAGAGGUGAAAGAGGAGGAUUUGGUGGUUCUCGAGAUGAAGAACGGGGAGGUGGCAGAGGCCGUGGUGGUCGUGGGCGCGGGGGAAGAGGAGGUUUUGGACGAGGACGGGGAAGAAGGGAAUUUGACAGACACAGUGGGAGUGAUAGAACAAGUAUCAAACCAGAGGAAAAGCGUGAUGGGGGUGGACAGUAUAAUUGGGGAAAAGCCACAGAUGUGAAUGAAUCUGAAAAUGUUCCAAGUGAAGAAGUCAAUGACUGGGGUGGUGAACCAGCUGCAGUUGAGCCAGCUGAGGAACCCAAGGAAAACAAGGAUAACGAGGAGGAGAGGACAUCCGAGGAUGACACAAAAGAAGAGGAAGUACAAGAAAUGUCUUAUCAAGAAUGGAAAGAAAAACAAGAACUGGGCAAAGAACAAAUGAAAUAUAAACUGGAACAUAGUGAAAGGAAGGCAGGCGAAGGAGAAAACAAAUCACAAUGGAAGAAUACUAAAGUAUUCAAGCGAAAAGAAAACGUUGAUCCACUGUAUACAGAACGAAGGGAAUACGAAGAGAAGAUCAAGACAUCAGGUCGUGUUAAGCAGACUCUGGAUAUUGAUAUUAAGUUUGCACCUGGUGAUAAAUUCCAAGAAUCAAGAGGUGGUCGUCGAGGGCGCGGUGGUCCAAGAGGUGGUCGUGGUGGCAGUGGUGGAGAACGUCGCGGUGGCGGAUUUGGUGAUCGUGGUGAGCGUGGCGAUCGUGGUGAGCGUGGCGAUCGUGGUGAGCGUGGCGGCGGAUUUGGUGAUCGUGGUGAGCGUGGCGGCGGAUUUGGUGAUCGUAACGAGCGUGGUGGAGAUCGAAGUGAGCGUGGUGGUGGAUUUGGUGACCGUAGCGAACGUGGCGAGCGUGGUGGUGGAUUUGGUGACCGUGGUGAAAGAAGAGGUGGGAGAGGUUUUGGUAGAUCAGGAGGAAGAGGUGGAGGUUUUGGCGAAAGACGUGGCGGUGGUCGUGGAGGAUUUGGUGAAAAUGCUACCGAUGGUGACAACGAGCUUAAAUUUGAUAACGAUGAUGAAUUCCCAACUUUGGGGUAAACACUUAGUUUGAAUCCUGUCAUAAAUCCUGAGCAAUGGACCUCGUUAAUAGUAGAAAAUAUAUUGCCUUAAUAGUAGAAAAUAUAUUGCCGAGUGCUUGUUAGACUUCGAGAUAUGAUGAUUUAUUAUGUAAGUGCUGGCUGUGAGUAUAACUAGUAGGAUCGAUUUACUAGUAGUUUUUUUCAAGGAUUGAUUUUAAGGCAACUGAAACAUGGCAAGAAUUCGUAUGUUUGUUUGUUAAAGAUGCCUUUCAUAUUUUAUGAUUUUCUAGCAAGAUUUUUUGAGUUUAUUUCUUUGCUAUGCUGUUGCCAAUAUUGGUAGAUGUAUUCAGCUUGUAUUUUGAAUUUGAGAAUGUAUAACUGAUGUACGAAUUGAUUCAUACUUUUGUCCUGAAUUGCGAUCCUUCGCAAGGGAACAUUUUGAAGUGAUUUGAGUUACUUCCAUAUAUUGACAAUGAAGGUAGCAGCGAGAUGGUGUUCAGUAACGUAGUGUUAGUUUGAGCGUGGUAUUAGUCCAUUUGUGUAAAAUAUUGAUCAGUAACUGGAUAAAACAGGAUUAUAAAAACUAAA